CAGAGAUGAACAAUCUCACCCAUUUGCUGCUUUUGGAUUUGGUGAACAACGAAUUCACGGGUCAUUUGCUGGCAGAUGUAUGCCAUGGAGGAGUAUUGAAAACCUUUAGUGCUUCCCACAACUACUUCUCAGGUUCAAUCCCGGAAAGCUUGAAAAACUGCACUGGUUUACACCGACUAAGACUUGACUGGAAUCAGUUAACAGGAAAUAUUUCUGAGGUUUUUGGUGUCUAUCCACGUCUGCAUUAUAUUGAUUUGAGUUACAAUAAUUUUUAUGGUGAGCUCUCUUCAAAAUGGGGAGAUUGUCGUAACAUGACAAGCCUUAAAAUCUCAAACAAUAAUGUUUCUGGUAAGAUACCACCAGAGCUUGGGAAGGCUGCUCAAUUACACUUGAUAGAUUUGUCAUCAAAUCAGUUAAAAGGAGCCAUCCCCAAAGAUUUAGGGGGUUUGAAGUUGUUGUACGAGCUUCUUCUUAACAACAACCAUCUUUCAGGUGCCAUUCCCUUAGAUAUUAAGAUGCUUUCCGAUCUUCAAAUCCUUAAUUUAGCAUCUAAUAAUCUGAGUGGAUUGAUUCCAAAACAACUUGGGGAAUGCUCAAAUUUAUUGAUGCUGAACCUCAGCGGUAAUAAAUUUAGAGAAAGCAUUCCAGGUGAGAUAGGCUUUCUACUUUAUCUUCAAGGUCUUGAUCUUAGCUGCAAUUUCCUGACCCGAGAGAUACCGAGGCAACUUGGGCAGCUGCAAAGGUUGGAAACUCUGAAUGUCUCUCACAACAUGCUUUCUGGACGGAUUCCGAGCACUUUCAACGACAUGCUAAGCUUAACAACUGUGGAUAUAUCAUCCAAUAAGCUACAAGGCCCGAUCCCCGAUAUCAAAGCCUUCCACAACGCUUCAUUUGAGGCAUUAAGGGAUAAUAUGGGUAUCUGUGGCAACGCCAGUGGUCUAAAGCCGUGCAUUCUUCCAAGAAGCAGCAAAACUGUUAAGAGAAAGAGCAACAAGCUUGUGAUUUUGAUUGUAUUCCCUCUUUUAGGAAGCUUGCUUUUAGAGUUUGGAGCUUUAUUCAUUCUCUGCAAAAGAGCUAGGAAGAGAAACGCUGAGCCAGAAAAUGAAGAAGAUCGAAACAUGUUCACGAUAUUGGGCCAUGAUGGGAAGAAGAUGUAUGAGAAUAUCGUUGAAGCUACAGAGGAAUUCAACUCCAACUACUGCAUUGGCGAAGGAGGAUAUGGAACUGUUUAUAAAGCAGUGAUGCCAACAGAACAGGUGGUUGCUGUGAAGAAACUUCACCGGUCACAAACAGAAAAGUUGUCCGAUUUUAAAGCUUUUGAAAAGGAAGUUUGCGUGUUGGCAAAUAUUCGACAUCGAAAUAUUGUGAAAAUGUAUGGAUUUUGCUCACAUGCAAAGCAUUCUUUUUUGGUUUACGAGUUCAUUGAAAGAGGAAGCUUGAGAAAGAUUAUAAGCAGUGAGGAACAAGCAAUUGAGUUCGACUGGAUGAAAAGGCUAAACGUUGUGAAAGGGGCGGGUGGAGCUUUAUCCUAUCUACACCAUUCUUGCUCUCCUCCGAUCAUUCAUCGAGACAUUACCAGCAAUAAUAUCCUUCUGGACUUGGAAUAUGAAGCACACAUCUCCGACUUUGGCACAGCUAGAUUGUUGAUGCCUGACUCAUCCAACUGGACCUCAUUUGCAGGUACUUUUGGAUAUACUGCUCCAGAGCUAGCUUACACAAUGAAGGUGACUGAAAAAUGCGAUGUCUACAGCUUCGGAGUGGUAACAAUGGAGGUGAUGACAGGAAGGCACCCAGGCGAUCUCAUUUCAGCACUCCUAUCACCAGGAUCUUCGUCAUCAUCGUCGAUGCCACCGAUUGCUCAGCAUACUCUAUUGAAGGAUGUGUUAGACCACCGCAUCUCGCUUCCUAAAAAAGAAGCAGCAGAGGGCGUUGUCCACAUGAUGAAAAUUGCACUUGCAUGCUUGCAACCCAAUCCCCAAUCUCGGCCUACAAUGGAAAAAAUUUCUUUCGAGCUGACAACCAAGUGGCCUCCACUGCCCAAGGCAUUUUCCACAAUAAGUUUGGGAGAUCUCUUCUCCACUGCCUAAGGCUACUUCUAUUCGAUUAUCUAAGAUCUCUUCUCCACAUGAAUUUUAUCAUCAAACUUUUUUUCACACUAAGUGGCCUCCGCUGCCUAA